GGCGUCAUUCCCUGGAACCCGCCGACUUCCUCUCUCCCUGUCUGGGUCACUGUCUGCCGCUCGCUGGCCCCAGGCUCGCUCUCUUUCCCGAGACCUCUCUCUCUCUCAGCAGCUGUCCCUCUCGUGCCCGCUGGCCUCUCUCUCUCUCUCCUUCCCCGCAGUCGCCUCCUUCUCCGCCUGCCUGGGUGGCCAUCAUGGGCAGGAAGCGGCUCAUCACUGACUCCUACCCUGUAGUGAAGAGGAGGGAGGGCCCCGCUGGGCACAGCAAGGGGGAGCUGGCACCAGAGCUAGGGGAAGAAACCCAGCCCCUGAGCGUGAGCGUGGAUGAAGCGGCGCUGGAGCUGCUCAGGCAGUUUGACCUGGCCUGGCAGUAUGGGCCCUGCACAGGGAUCACACGGCUGCAGCGCUGGCAUCGGGCAGAGCAGUUGGGCUUGGAGCCUCCCCCCGAAGUGCGUGAGGUGCUGCAGACUCACCCUGGAGAUCCCCGCUUCCAGUGCAGCCUCUGGCAUUUCUAUCCUCUUUGAGGCACCACCGAAGACCUCCUGCUGGCUACCCAAGAACCUUAGCACACAAGAACCAGUUGCUGCUGUUCAGCUCACCUUUGCCUUGGAGGACCUUUGGCAGGAAGGAGUCUCACAGGGAAGGAAAGGCUGGAUCCGACCUCUCCGCAGCACAGCCCCCCAUCUAACCAGCAGGCUGCUGGAGCCCCCUCUGAGAGCUGACACAGCUCAAGUCCAGUAUGCCCUACAUUCAGAGUGACAAGGACCUGGCCAUGACCCUUCCGAUGCCUCCCAGACCAAACCACUUCAGUCCUGGGGACGGAGUGGCAAACUAGGCACAGCCUUAGGCAAAGCCAGACUCAGGCGAAUGAUCUCAGAGGCAAAGAUGCACUCCCCACCUAAGGCUGGGCAUCUGAGGGCAGAACUGGCUAAGCUCACAGGGCAAGGGGUUCACUAAUGCUCGUCAAUAAAGAACACUGAGCCUGGAA